GACCACGCCUCAAUUUAUCAACUCUUUCAACCCUUUUCCUCCAAAACCGCAAAAAUGCCCAUGGACGAACGCGAACUUGGGCAGCGCAUCAAGGCGCUCACAAAGUGUGUUGCUGCGAAUGAGCCCCCCGAGAACGCCAUCAAGUUGCUCGAGACAUUGAAGAAGGAUGCUUCUCCCACCGAAGAGAUGCUAAGGGCUACAAGAGCCGGUGUUUUUGUCGGCAAACUUCGCUCGAAUUCCAAUAAGGAUAUCGCCCGCGCUGCCGCCGAACUCGUCAACAAGUGGAAGAAGCUAGUCGAACAAGAAAAGCACUCGAAACUACAACGGUCAAAGGUCGGCUCAGGGUCUCCAGCUCCAGCUCCAUCCUCAGCACCCGCGUCAUCUCCUGCUCCUCCUCCUCCAUCAUCAUCAUCAGGUGCCUCUGGAGCCAAGUACAAGGGCGAUAUCGAGAAGCGAAAAUAUGAAACCGACAACGUGAACGUCAAGCGCACCGAUUCCGGCGUCAGAAACUCCUGCAUUGGCCUUAUCUACAAUGGUCUGGCCUAUCGAUCAACGGCAACCGAGAACGACGUCAUUACUAGGGCCGUCGCUGUUGAGCAUGCCGCCUACACCAAAUUCAAGGGGGAAACGCCUGAUUACAAGAAGAAGAUCCGAUCAUUGUUCACCAAUCUCAAGAACAAGUCCAACCGGGAACUCGGGCGCAGCGUUUUAUCCGGCGAGAUCACUGCCGAGAAGUUUGUUAUCAUGACCGACGACGAGCUCAAGAGCGAGGAGCAGCGCAAGAAGGAGCUUGAACUAGAAAAGGAGAACAUGAAGAAGGCUCAGGUGCCUAUGGCUGAGAAGAGUAUCAGCGAGAGUCUAGAGUGUGGUCGUUGUAAGAAGAAGCAGGUCAGCUACACGCAGGCGCAGACCCGAGCUGCUGAUGAACCUAUGACAACUUUCUGCGAAUGCAUGGCGUGUGGGCAUCGAUGGAAGUUUUCUUAAUAAUAUACACGGAGUCUGAAGGAUCAGGGAUGGGACAUUGCUAAAUUAGACUAACACUUAGGUAACUUAUGCCUAUCAGAUUCAUAAAGAUCCUUUUAAGUUCUACAAGUUGCUAGCCUAAUUAACUUCACCUUUAUAUACCCCAUUAAUAAAA